CCGGUCCACCCAAACACGCAGCCGUCGCCAAAUCGCCAAUCCGCCGGGGAGAGAGAAAGCGAGAGAGAGAUCGGAGAGGGAGAAGAAGAUGGUGCGCGUGGCGACCUACUUCGCGAUGACCUUCGGCGCGUUCCUCUUCUGGGAAUCCAUGGACAAGGUCCACGUCUGGAUCGCCCUCCACCAGGACGAGAAGCAAGAACGGAUGGAAAGGGAGCUGGAGAUAAAGAAAAUGCAAGCAGAGCUAAUGGCCCAAGCAAAAGAGAGUGAAUCGUGAUUAUCAUUUGGCCAAUGGUUUCAACUAUAGUUGCUUGGUCUUAUUUUUCACUUUCCAAGUGAUAAUGCUUGGUUGAUGUAUGUGACGCCUCCAAUAAACUAAGAGAUGCUAUAACUUUGUUGAAUGCAAGAGGCUAUGUUGAUGUUGAAUCAUCUUCAGUUUGUAAAUCAGCACAACUCAUCUCCAUUGCCUGGUUCUGAGGUGUUGUUUUCUACUGCUUAUAAAUAUUUUUGUAACAAAGUUGCUUUUCUUCUAUGAAAAAGCAAAUGCUUGAUGGUGUUUCGAGACAGUGAUAUUUCCAUACAGUGGUUGUUUUUCAGAUAA